ACAGUUACUAACAUUUUUAAAAAUGUUAAGGCCCUAAUUCUGUUAUUAUCAACUGUCUGUUAUGUCUCCUUCCCAUCUGUUCAGUUAAAGACAACACAAAAAUAGUGGCCACAAAAUGAAAGAAAAUUGCUAAAACAUAGUUUUAAUAUAUCUAUGUCAUGCAAAUACUGAAGUCAACAUCAGAGACCAAAAGAGAAAACAAAUAGUUUGUGCAACCAAAUUUUGGCUCCCUUGCCAAAUCACAUCAAGCUCAUCAUUAAGAGGACUUGGUAUCCCCUCGUGCUACGAUGACCUUAAAUUUGGGAGGGUGGAUACACAGUUUUACUGUAACAGAUACGCAACAGCACAAGGGAGGCUAUACCAUUUACAAGAUUACAUCGAUUGUCUUCCCUCGCUCGGUGCCUCAGGCAUUAACAUGCCUAGUCGUAUGGAAACGAUUUCAUGAGAUUAAACGGCUGCAUAGGGAACUUAGUCGCCGGCACAAAAGUAUGCAGCUGCCGGGUAAAUUACCCGAACCUACAGACAGCAGCUACUUCAAACGUUUUGAUGAGGAUGUGAUAAAGCUACGAAAAGACUAUAUACUCUUACUGCUUGACUUUGCAGCCCAGCAUCCGGUACUAUACAAAUGCAACAGUUUCACACAGUUUUUUAGCGAAGCGCAAUCACCGAAUUCAUCACCGCUGCGAAAAUUGUAUGUGGAGCGCUCACUCAAGAUACCUGGCAGUGGAGCAAUAGCUGAAAUUUGCGAUAAACUCGAUUUGCCCUAUGAUCCGCAUAACGCUAAUGGCAUAUUGCCUUUGGAUCCACGUUGUGACAAACCUAACAGCGAUAGCGAUCAGAAUGACCAGCAGCAGCAGCAACAGCAACAGCAAUUUAGAAAAGAUAAGGGUAUUGAAAAACAGGAACAACAAUCAAAGCGCGACUACGCACGCCUUCUAACGCCCAUGGCCUCUGUGGAGAGCGAAGACAGCGAUUACAUUUAUGAGGCUGCCUUGGAGUUCAGUCAUGCUGUACAGUCAGAGGUUAAUUUGGAAUAUGAAGACGCGCAUAAGCGUUAUAAGCGCGGCGUGGAAUUGCUGCUUGUCGGUGCUAAAUGUGAUGGUAACGAGGAUCGUAAGUUUAUAGCCAAGGCGAAGAUUGCCAAAUAUUUGGCGCGUGCCGAUGACAUUUAUGCAAAUUUUUUGCGCUCCGAUGUUGGUCGAAAUGGUAAAAAAAAAAUGCAGUUCCAGCUCUCGCUGGAUGAGGUGGACCAUGUGACGAAAUUGGAAUGUGCUUGGAAUCAGUUAGCUAAGUACAAAGUGCUGAAAGUGUUGGGAGAUCGAGUCAUGCAGGUGCAGUGCAUAACAGAACCACAGUCGCAGCCAACGUGCAUCAUGAAAGGCAUCGAAAAACCAGCAAGCAAUUCGCCUACUCAAAGUAUUUUUCUACCACAGCGCGUACCCUACAUGUGCCAACUGCUAGCAUACUUCCAAUCGGACCAGAAGAUUUUCUUAUUGCUCAAGCAAGCGGAAGGUGGACGCCUGUACGACUAUAUACAAAGCUACACGCCUACAACCAGCAAGUGUGUUGACUACGCUAACUUAUUCCCUGCGGAGCAGCCAUUGACAGUCGCCAGUGAUGUUACCGAAUUGUUGCGUAGUUCGCAGCAGUUGCUGAAAUCAGUCUCACAUACUUUGAGCAGCUUACAAGCAGGAGCGCUGACACCACGACGACAGAAGAUAACGGCAAGACGUUUGCCUGAAGUCUGCUUGCGACAAUGGGCUUGCGAGUUGGCCGUGGCUGUGCAUAGUCUGCAUGGCAAAGGUGUUAUACUGCGAGAUUUACAUAUGGAAAACAUUUUGCUUGGAAAGUCAGGCCAAUUAAUGCUCACUUACUUCUAUCAGAAUGAGGGUCUAACCUCCGAUGACAACUACAUCCACAAGGCGCUGAACUUGGUAGCUGUAAGCAAUCAUUUCGUGGCACCAGAACGACCCCUUACCUUUCGCUCAGAUUGGUGGAGCUAUGGAAUGGUGCUUUACCAGCUGCUGCUGGGCGUGUCGUACAAGGCUAUGCAUCCUGGCCAGCUAGAACUCUAUGGAUGUGUGCAAUAUCCAUCAGAUGCUUUAGACAUAUCGGAUAAUGCGCGAAAUUUGCUAGAGCAACUUAUUCAACUGUCACCAGAGCUGCGCUUGGACUAUGAACAGCUUCAGGCACAUCCGUUUUUUGAAGGCAUCGAUUGGCAAACAGUUUUGGAGCAAGGCGUUUCAUUUUAGCUAAUCGUAUGGCAAAAAAUAGUACGAAUCGAAUUUGAAAAUUUGAACUAUUAUGUAAUUCAAAGGUGAUCUUAGAAUCUUGGUUAAAAACUAAAUGCAUUUUGUGCACGAAUAUAAGCGUAAAUUCUGAUCUGGUCAUCUUUUU